UGCUGCCGCUGCUGCUUCCUGUGCUGCCGCUGCUGCUGUACUACAAAUAUAUGUAGCUGCUACGCUAUUAUACCAUGUUGGCUGCUGGCAGUGCGUGGGUCCUUCAAGUUCCAUGCUAGAGGUGACGUAGGAAGCGUCUGUGGUGGAUGACACCAAGUAGUAAUAGCCAUGCAGGUGAGCAGGCUGGUGCCUAUUGGCUGUUUGUGUGUUCGUGCUGCUGCUGUAUUGCUUGCUGCUGCUGCUUGCUGCUUGCUGCUGUUGAAGUGUUGUAAAGGCGUUAUGGUUCCCGGGGACGCACCUCCCGCAGCCCAGGCGGGCUUUGGCAAUCGUGAGGCCGUGCAGCAAUCCCCGGACGCGAGGGGAAGCCGCUGCCGCGUAAGGUCUCGCCUCACGCCGUCCUUGCCGUCCAAGGCAGGGGCGAUGUGGUACUCGCUGCCCGUGCCCGUAACGCGAGGCUUCGAGACUCUCUUCACCUUUCAGAUCACCGAUCACAGCCGGAUGUGCACGGAGCACACCGACCCGCUCUUCAGCCGGCGGCUGCACUCGACCUGCAGCGUUCGAGGAGGGGAUGGCCUCGCGUUUGUGCUGCACCGCGACCCCGCGGAGGCCGAGGCGGUAGGGGGGGCAGGGGCCGACAUGGGGUACGGAGGGCUGAGGGACUCCCUGGCGGUGGAACUCGAUCACCGCUACAACCCGGGGGCCGACAGUGGCGACCUGGUCUACGACCACGUCGGGGUGCACUCGGGCGGACCAGGCGGCGACAACUCCGCGCUGGCGUCGACAGAGCUAGCGCCGCCCGUGGCGUGGGAUCUAGCCGACGGCGAGCACCACUUGGUCAAGGACAACGGAGAGGGGCGGCGGCUAGGUACCCUGGUGGUGUGGCUGGACGACGGCAUCGCGAGCGACGAGCCGCUCCUAGCGGUGCCGCUGAACCUCAGCGUCCUGCUGGAUCUACCGCAAGAUGAGGCGAGCUACAGCUAG